UCAUAUGACGCCGGUCUUGUCGAGUACCUGAAGCAUCAAAUACGCACAUCAGGCAUCGAAUACACGCAGGAGUUGUCCAAUACACGCACCAGUUGCAGUGCUGCCCAGCAGAUCACCUGUUCCACGAUGAGGGCUGAGGCGAUGCCAAUCAUGAUAGCGAGCGUUAUCUUGCCGCCCGGCACCAGAGGAGGCGUGGCAGCCAACCUGACACACACCAUACACGAGCAGAGAUAAGAAAGAGAUGGUGCCUCGAAUGUCCGUCCUCAUUGCAUGCUCCUACGUGGCCGUGUUGUAGCGCUCGUUCCACGCCAUGGCAGCUGGUAUGAUGCCGAACAGCACCGAGAUGCCAAACGUGCCAGCAUUGUCGAGCGCUCCGAAGAAUAUUUGUGGAUCGAUGGCGGCCACGAUGGCUGGCGGGAUGAGUAUGGUGCAGUAGAGCGCUGCCCGCUCUACUGCUGGCGAUGCCUUAGAGAGCGAAGGGAACCCACGCCACAAAUCCUGCAUACAUGACGCGAGAGGAGGGGAGGGAGGGAGGGAGGGAGGGAGUCGAUUAUGUACACUGCCAUGGUAUGUGUGGCGCACCGACCGAUAGGAAGUCCAGCAGGCCGAUAACAAAGCCUAUGAAGCUCGUCACGAUGGCUGAAUACGACAAAGGGGGAGAUCAGUAGGGGAGUCUCUGAAGUGUUUCAGAGUGACUGACCAAAUUCAGAGAAGACGCUCACAAGGGAUCCCAGAGCAGCGCCGCCAGAGCCGCCCCGCAAUUGUGCCAAUGGAUCGAAGAUCUCACCUGGACACCAAAAAAGAGACAGCCACUCCACACAUGUUCUCACUGCACAGUUUUGUGUCGUGUGGUAUGGUUUGUGUAGACCUCACCGUCGCCAGCGGCCUCUUUGACUGUCUGAAUAUCGGUCCCUCCGAUGAUAACAGCAUUCCACAGCAGGAACAUGACCAAUGGGAUGGCACUGCCCCGCACAAUGGCGUUGGUGAUCUUGGUGGUGCUGCCCUCCAGCUGAGUGCAGAUGACCGGCACCACAUUGUGAUAUACAAGCGCAACAAACAUGACGGGGAUCGCCGGGGCCACUGACUUCCAGUCCGUGCGUAACAAAGCAGACGGGUCGACCUGAGUGAUACGGAAGGGCGCACAACACAAGCCAUCCAUCGUGCGUGUCCUCCCCUGUCCCGUCCCUGUCCGUCCCUCCCUCCCACCCACCUGUGUCGAUGCGAGUGUCAACAGGCCAAGGAACGAUGUUAUGACCACCAGCACAAACACGUUGUUGACCUUCUCCACAAACCCUGGAGAGCCAAGAAAGAGAAACCCGCCAAAGAGGACUGCAAAGGUGGCAGCCUCAACCUGAAUCAGGAAAGGUGGACAUGCCAGAAGGCACAGGUGCAUGUGCAUAAGUACAUGUAUGCGUGUUGUUUCACUGUGUUGCUGGUCACUCACCGGUUGCGGCAGCGGCUCAUCCAUCCCGGUCAGUUUCUGGAUGGCCACACCAAGGAUCUCUCCCCCCUGAGCCAUAUAGGCCACCAGCAGCGCAUAAUGAAUAAAGACAUAGGCCAGACCGCUCAGCCGGGACCCCCAUUUCCCAAUCGUCUGCUCCGCCAUGGAGAGCAGCGACAGGUUGGCCUGCCCGAGGUUGCAGCAUGUGUUGAGGUUGACCUCAGCGAUGAGCAGCCCACUGGCCACCAUGUAGACCCAGCAGAGGAUGAGGGUGAGUGAGGACGGGAUGACGCCCGAGGGGAGGGUGACGGCAGGCAGGGCCAGUAUGCCAGCUCCGACAGUGGUGCCUGCCACGAGGGAGGUGGCGCCGAGUUCGCUGCCCUCUCUCCUCUCAAACUUGCCAUCGCGGAGCUCCAAGUUGGAGAACAGCCGCUCCACCUCGCCCGUACCCAUCUCAUCAAAUGCCAACUGCACACGCACAAGCACAGACAAGCACAGGAGCCAGCAUGACAGACAUGCCAUGAGUCCUGUGUAAUCGAACUUGCUCACUUCCACAUCUCUCAACGAGGCCGCCGGCCCGAUGGACAGAUCUUUCGCCUCCUCAUCUUGAUCUUCCGUGAUCUCUUUCAUCUCCGUCAUGACCCCCGCACCCUCCCUGAUGCUGCUGCCCCUCCCCUCUUGCGUGUCCAGCUCUGCGUAUUGGUGGCUGCCGCGGCUGCGACCACGCCUGUGCUGUGUCGGGGAUGUCCGUUCAGCCAUGCUGGUUGGCCCUAACGGGACGAUGAAUGGCGGAGGGCGUGGAAGGAAGGCGACAGGUGCAGGGGAGGCAGCAAGGGCACUCGCCGCAAAUGCCGAUGAUACGAAAAGAGGGCGCAUUCAGAGCAUGCUCAUUCACU